AUGGACCAGCAAUCCAAGCGAGUACCCAGACAGAAGCAUGACCGCAUUAUCCUCCAAUUCGACUAUGACUGCUUCUACGCCCAGGUAUUUGAGAACAAGAACCCAGCCCUCAAAUCGCGAGCCCUGGGAGUAAAGCAAAAAAAUAUUCUGGCCACCUGCAACUACAAUGCCCGGAGGCUUGGUGUGAAGAAGUUGAUGCUGAUAUCCGAAGCUAAGAAGAUAUGCAAAGACCUGGUGCUUGUGGAUGGGGAGGAUUUGACGCCAUUUCGUGAUGUGAGCAAAAUUCUAUUCAACUUUCUUCGGUCGCAUUCAUGGAAUAAUAGGGUAGAGCGGCUGGGGUUUGACGAAGUGUUUAUGGAUGUGACCGAUGUCAUCGACUACAAUAUUGAAUGCCUCAACACAGGUUGCUUAUCACAUUCCUUCUUUCAUCUAUCCAAAACAGACCCUCAGGAUGGAUUCAAGUGCAAUUUUACGGCCAUUGCGGGCUGUGUUGAAGGCACCGUCCCGGACGAGGCACCUCUAGAAAACAAAACCUACCUAAGACUCUUGCUUGGUUCUCAUCUCGCAAACCAUCUACGCACAAAGAUGGAGGAAGAUUAUGGGUAUACGUCAACUUGUGGGAUAUCAACCAACAAGCUCCUUAGUAAACUGGUGGGAAGCCGUAACAAACCCCGCAAUCAGACGACGCUAAUGGCCUUGAAUGAACAAGACGUUAUUGCGUUCAUGGACAGUCACAAGACAAGGCAAAUACCAGGACUGGGGUUCAAGACUUCUAUGCAAUUAGAGUCUCAGGUUCUUGGGGAAGAGGUUGACGCAGACUCUCAUUCAUUUACUUCGGCGGUUUACGCUCGAGAUGUCCGUCUGCAUCCAUCAAUAUCCCCAGGGUUCAUAGAGACUCUUCUCACCGGUCCCGGAGCCGAGAGGGGAGUUGGUGUCAGGGUAUGGGGUCUCUUGCAUGGAAUUGAUCCAACGCAAGUCAAAGAGGCCGGCGACAUUCCGUCACAAAUAAGCAUUGAAGAUACAUACAAAGGACUAGAGACCAUGACCCGAAUCACGGAAGAACUGCACAAACUUUCGUGUUCGCUCAUCCGGCGAAUGAGAAUAGAUCUCCUUGCUCUAGAACACAAUGCAGAGAAGCCGGCGACACAACGAUGGAUUGCUCGGCCAAAAACCCUGAGGCUUGCAAUCAGAUCAUGGCCGACGAGACAAGGCCGCAGUUCUGCUCCAAAUUUCAGUCGAAUAUCCCGAUCUGGCCCCUUGCCUGGCUUAGUUUUUGACGCAUCGGCUGAUAUAGACGCAUUAGCGCAGAAACUAGUUGCGGAAGCUCUCCUACCCCUUCUACGACGGCUUGAAACCGCUAAAGGACACAAGUGGAACUUGCAGUUGAUUAAUAUAUGUGUUGCAAACAUGGUGGUCGGCGCCGGAGAUGACAAACAAGGCUCAGGGCGGGACAUUUCUGUCAUGUUCAGGAGGCAGGAUGAAGUGCUUCGUCCGUUUAAACUGGAGCCACUAUCCGAUGAUGAGGCGCCUUCUGAAGUUAGCACUGGUGAUGCGGAAGGCCUGGGGUCCGGUGUGGACUGGAAUGGUUCAGACAAUUCUGUUUGUCAAGAUUGUGGCCAUUCUUUGCCGUCCUUUGCUAUGCCAGCGCAUUUGAGAUACCACGAAAUGGGAGAAUAA